CCAAACCGAGAGAGAGAACCCGAACCCGAACCAACAACCGAUUCGAAACGGACAAAUCACAGUCAAAAACAGCCAAAAAUGUACCAAAUCGUCUGUUACUUUUGCCUGGGACUCGUGCUGGCCAUCAAGGCGGAGCCGUUCAACCAACGUUUGACCAUAUACGCGGAUCCGGGACGCAUGGAGUGCUUCCACCAGCCCGUGGCCGCCACAGAGAUCAUCAGGAUGGACUACCAGGUGAUUGCCGGCGGCCAUGGGGACACCGACAUCAGCUUCACGCUGAUGGAUCCGCAUCGCAAGCUGCUGGCCGCCGAUGAGAAGAAGGACAAGGGCAGCCUCGAGCACGCGGCCGAGGAGACGGGCAUCUACAAGCUGUGCUUCGACAACACCAUCAGCACCUUCAGCCAGAAGAUCGUCUCCUUUUCGCUGGAGGUGUCGCCCGCCGACUACGAGGCCCAGGAGGUGCGCGAGCUGCGCAAGGAGAUGCUCACCGACUACCACUUCGAGACGGUCUUCACGGAUCUCAGCGACUACAUCAACAAGCUGCAGGUGAAUCUGAUGCGCUCGCGCCAGACCCAGGACUACAUACGGGCCCACGAGGCCCGCGACCGCCGGCUGGCCGAAUCCAACUACGAGAUGGUCAACAACUGGUCCUGGGCCCAGUUCCUGGCCAUGAUCUUCGUCGGCCUGCUGCAGGUCUUCAUGGUGCGCAGUAUUUUCAGCACCAAUGGAGCGCUCUACAAGCUCUGGCGUCGCUUUUAAAAGUCAAGUUUUUUCAAGAUUUUUGUUUGAAUAAAGAAA